AUGCGAUUGUACCUCAACGACAAACCGAGAACGUUUGUUUUGACCACUUCAACACAUGCAUUAAUUAUCAGACAUCCAAACCCAACAUACGAACAAAAGGGAAUACGAAGUCGAAUCCUUGGCCAUAAACGUCAUCAUAGUGAGAAGGAUGAUUGCAAAGUUUUGGUUGAAUUUGUAUUAAAAGACUAUAUCAAUCUUAGCUCUUAUCGUGAUGUAACUCCAAAGCGAAACAAGCUAUUGGGGUUCAUCGGAUUACUUCCAUUGAAAGGUAAAGUUUUUUUGGGAUUUAUAACUCAACAUGAACUUGUCGCUUCACCUACGUUGGAUGAUAAGAUUUAUAGAAUUACUGGGACCGAAUUCUAUUGUUUGAAUUGCGACGAAUAUGAUUACAUUUUCGAUAGAGAGUUUGAUGAGUUACGAUAUCAAGACAAUGAAAAGGUCAAAUAUCCUGGAUCUUCAGUGAGAAAGCUAUUAUCUAGCGGAGCGUUUUUUUACUCAAGACAAUUCGAUAUUACUUCGACGAUUCAAGAGAGGGGUAUAGGCUCUUCCGAUUUCAGAUUGAUUGCUGAUGCUUCGUACUUUAGGCGAUUCCUGUGGAACAUGUUUAUGAUUGAGGAGUUGCUUGAGUUUAGAAACCGAUUGACCUUAUCUGAGCAGAGGCUUAUUGAUGAAACGGGGUUUCUUAUCAUCAUUGCUCGAGGGUAUGCCAAAACUGUCAAUACAGAAGUUGCUGGUCAAGAUGCCCUUUUAACUUUGAUUUCGAAGCAAAGCAGUGCCAAAGAAGGACCAAUUUUUGGUCAUUGGGGGUGUGACGGAAAUGGCUGUGUUGCCAAUUAUCUCGAAUCAGAAGUUAUUCUCUACACUGAGCAUUUUUGUUUAUCGUAUGUCAUUGCAAGAGGAAAUGUUCCAAUGUAUUGGGAAUUGGAAAACAAGGUUUCAACAAAGAAUAUAAUUGGUGCUAGUAACAAAAGAAUUAUCUUUCCUAGAUCAUUUGAAGCAUCUCAGGAAGCAUUCACCAGACAUAUGGAUAGACUUGCUGCGCAAUAUGGAGAUGUUCACGUGAUUAAUGAACUCUCAGAUAAAUCUUACAAGGGAGUCUUGAAUGCAUCAUUUGAAGAGCAGAUUAAAUAUUUUUUGAAAAACCGGGACCCGGCAACAUCUGACUAUAAAUUUCAAUAUACUCACCUUCCGAUCCCUGCUGCCAGGAUCAAGAAGAUUGGUUAUACAUCUCAAAACCCAUCCGAAAUACUGUCGCAAGUUGUCUCCUCUGCAAGGGAUUUUGGUGCAUUGUUUUACGAUGACGCCACCACCAGCUUUGUAGGCAAACAGUUGGGAGUUUUCAGAAUCAAUUCAUUUGACAGUUUGAGCAAAGCCAAUUUUUUAUCAAAAGUAAUCAGUCAGGAGGUGAUUGAACUAGCAUUUGGAGAGAUUGGCAUACAUUUGGACAGAGAGUUGUUUACUUCACAUGCCAAGCUCUGGAAAGAAAACGACAUUAUCGUGACCCAAUUGACCCUCAAUUUCGUUUCCUACAGUGACAAGCUUCACACUAGUAAGAAAUCGAAUGCAUCAUCAGUGAAGUCACACAUUACUAAAAAGUAUUUGAGUGGGGUGGUGGAUAACACUAAACCGAAUGAGUUGGCAUUGCUCAAGUUGUUGGGUCGAUUGCAAGACCAAUCACCAAUAGCUUUGCACAAUCCAUUGCACGACUAUAUCGAUAAAGAGUUGACAAAGCGAAGCAAGGAAUUUACAUCAGAACUGGACAUAUCCGUGUUUGCAUCCACAUUCAACGUCAAUGCGACCUUCUACGAGGGAGACAUAGACGAGUGGAUUUUACCUCAUGGUAAUUCUCACGACUUGGUGUUUAUUGGACUUCAAGAAAUUGUUGAGCUCAAGCCUAAUCAAAUGAUGGCACAGGAUUUCAAAAACAAGACAUUGUGGGAACGUAAGAUAUUAAACUGUCUUGCUAAAAAGGAUAAAUAUAUGGUCAUGUGGAGUGGUCAAUUGGGUGGACUCUUGUUAUUGUUAUUUGUCAGAGAGUCACAAGUUAAGUACAUUUCCAACAUUGAGAUUUCAUUCAAGAAAACCGGUCUUGGUGGUAUGGCUGCGAAUAAAGGCGGAAUCGCUGUUAGUUUCAAAUACUCCGAUACCACAAUGUGUUUUGUAUCAUCUCAUUUAGCAGCUGGUCUCAGCAACACCGAAGAGAGACACAAUAACUACAAAACCUUGAUCAAAGGUAUCAAGUUUUCCAAGAAUAGAAGGAUACCUAAUCAUGAUGUUGUGAUCUGGCUUGGAGACUUUAAUUUUAGGAUUGACUUGACAAAUGAGGAGGUUAAAUCUUUGAUACAUCAAAAGCAGUAUGGUAAACUUUACGAGCAUGAUCAGUUGAAUAGACAAAUGGCAAAUGGAGAAACAUUUCCAUUUUUUGCUGAACAGGAAAUUCAUUUCCCACCUACAUACAAAUUUGACAAUGGCACUAGAAAAUAUGAUUCAAGUGAAAAGCAACGAGUACCUGCAUGGACUGACCGGAUUUUGUACAUGUCGCGCAAGAAUCUCAUCAAGCCAAUGGAUUAUGAAUGUAUUGAUAACAUUGUGUUUUCUGACCACAGAGCUGUGUACGCAUUGUUUCAAAUUACAGUCAAGAUUGUUAAUCAAGUCAUCAAGAAAAAAUUAUCUAAUGAACUAUAUGAAACGUACAACUUGAAAGAUGGCGGUCUUCAGGAUUUAUCAGCAUUAAAUUAUGAUCUUGAUAAAAAGAGCGCCAAUUUUGAAAAUGAAAAGUUGCCGCCACCUAGUUCAGAUAAACAAAAAUGGUGGCUUGAUGGUGGGAAACCAGCUAGAGUGAACAUACCUAGAUUGAAUGAGGAAGGGAACGAUUUGGUUGUGAACCCCUGGCACCCAAUAAACCCAUUUGUUGCAACCACUGAGCCAGAAUUUGUAUCUCGUAGGGAAGUGGAGAGUAUGUUGAAUUAA